AUGACUCUGAUGGAGAACAGGACAGAGGUGACCCAGUUCCUCCUCCUAGGACUGACCGAUGACCCACACCUGCAGGUUCCCCUCUUCUUCACCUUCCUCCUCAUCUACACCAUCACUGUGGCUGGGAACCUGGGGAUGCUCCUGCUGAUCCUCCUGGACCCUCGUCUGCACACUCCCAUGUAUUUUUUCUUGGGCAACCUGUCUCUGGUGGAUUUCUGUUACUCCUCAGCUGUCACUCCCACAGUUUGGGCAGGGUUUAAUGUAGUGGAUGAACUCAUCUCCUACAAUGCUUGUGCAGCUCAGAUGUUCUUCGUUACAGGCUUUGCUACUAUGGAAAAUUACCUCCUGGCUUCAAUGGCCUAUGACCGCUAUGCAGCAGUAUGCAAGCCCCUUCAUUAUACCACCACUAUUACAGCAAGUGUGUGUGCAGGUCUAGUCCUAGGCUCUUAUGCCUGUGGCUUCCUGAGUGCCUGCAUCUAUACUGGGAACACGUUCAGUCUCUUGUUCUGUGACUCUAAUGUGGUCCACCAUUUUUUCUGUGAUAUUCCAGCAGUCAUGGCUCUCUCCUGCUCCAAUAGACAUGCUAAUGAUCUGAUUCUUAUUUAUGUAGCAACCUUCAAUAUCUUUUUUGCUCUUGUUGUUAUCUUAAUUUCCUACAUACUGAUUUUUCUCACCAUCCUAAAGUUGCAAUCAGGCACAGGACAUCAGAAGGCUCUGUCCACCUGUGCCUCCCACCUCACUGCCGUCUCCAUCUUCUAUGGGACGGUCAUCUUCAUGUACCUGCAGCCCAGCUCCAGUCACUCCAUGGACACUGAUAAAAUCGCCUCUGUGUUCUACACCAUGGUAAUCCCCAUGCUGAACCCUAUGGUCUACAGCCUGAGGAACAAGGAGGUCAAGAGUGCAUUCACCAAGAUUAUUUUGGAGGCAAAAUAA